AUGAUCCUCUUCCCUCGAUGGCAUCUAUUUGAAAUCGGCGAUCAAUCCUGGUGUCCAGAAUGGAUGAGAACUUAUAUCCAAUCAUAUCUAACCCGAGUCUGGAAUCUACAUCUUCCCCCCUUCAGCAAAACCUCUCCAGCAGGCGUGGCAGCCAAUCUUAUUUUGGAAAAUUUGUCAGAUGCAUCCUCCUACACUUUUGUCGAACUUUGUGCGGGUGCAGGCGGACCAACAGGCACCAUCGAAAAAAUUAUGAAUAGCAAACUCCAGACGGAAGGCAAGCAACCCGCUCAAUUCGUUCUUACGGAUCUUUAUCCCUGCGUGGAAGAAUGGACCGCUAUCAGCAAACGACAAGAGCAUGUCUCGUUCAUCGCUGAGCCGAUAGAUGCAACGAGCUGUGACAGGAUUGCUCCGAAGGAUAGGAAGGAAUGCAGGAUUUUCAAUCUGAGCUUUCACCAUUUUGAUGACCCUCUUGCGUCGACGGCGUUGCGGAAAGCUAUGGAGUCGGCCGAUUCCUUCAUUAUUUGCGAGAUGUCUCAGCGCAACUUGACUUCGUUGUUAAAUAUUCCUGUUAUGUUUCUGUUCCCUUACUGGCAUUCUAUUGCCAAGUAUAGAAACAGUCCUUUGCAUUUGUUUUUCACGUAUGUCAUUCCCUUGCUACCAUUCCUUACAGCGUUUGAUGGUCUGGUGUCGACUAUACGCUGUCGAACGGGCGAGGAGAUUCAAGACCUUCUGCAUCAGAAAGGUCUUGAUCUAAGCGGCUGGAAGUUUAAAAGUGGUAACCAGAUGGUGUAUGAGCCUUUCGUGCAUAUGUACUACUUUAUUGCUGUGAAAGACGAAUCUUGA